UCCAGGACCUUCAAUCCGAAGUUAAUCCAACUUACCAAAAUGAAAUUUUUCGCCGUUCUCCUCGCCGUUGUAGGCGCUGCUUCAGCUGGACUCGCUCCGGUCCUCCUUCCCAAAGUCAACGUCGCCCCGACCCAGGUCAACGUUGUCAGACAGCCCGUCACCGUGACGCAGCCAGAGCUCGUCUACAGGAACGUUCCCGUGCCAGUUAAGGCCGUUGCAUACACCAACCCCGUCGUUUCCACCCCAGUAGUCGCCGCCCCCGUAGUCGCUGCUUACGCCGCUCCCUACGCCCACGCUCCUUUGACCACCUUUUGGUGAUUUUUUCAAUCCUAAAUAAAUACAAUUUAAAAAACGGU